AAUGUCUUUGGUGUCUUUGGCAGACUUUAAGGCACAGGCACAAGAACACCUAUCUAAGUCAUCGUGGGACUUUAUUGAAGGAGAAGCUGAUGAGGGCAUCACGUACAAGGACAACCUUGCAGCAUUUAAAAGAAUCCGCCUCCGCCCCCGAUACCUGAGAGAUGUGUCAGAGAUAGACACCAGGACCAUAAUCCAAGGGCAGGAGAUCGAGGCCCCUAUCUGCAUCUCACCCACUGCUUUUCACUCUAUUGCCUGGCCAGAUGGAGAAAGGAGCACAGCCAGAGCUGCUCAAGAAGCCAACAUCUGCUACAUCACCAGCACUUAUGCCAGCUGCACCCUAGAGGACAUUGUUGCUGCUGCCCCCAGAGGUUUCCGAUGGUUCCAGCUCUAUGUACAGUCAGACUGGGAGCUCAACAAACAGCUGAUUCAGAGAGUAGAAGGCCUGGGUUUCAAAGCUUUGGUGAUCACUGUAGAUGCACCAGUAAUUGGCAAAAGGCGACGGAACAUAAAAAACCAACUGAAUUUAGAGGCAAACAUAAUGCUGAAGGACCUCCGGUCACCUGAAGCGAGAAAUUCCACACAUUUUUCCCCCAUGUCUUUGCCAAGUGCAUCUUUCUGCUGGAAUGAUCUCUCCUUGCUUCAGAGUAUAACUCGAUUGCCCAUUAUCCUUAAAGGGAUUUUGACAAAAGAGGAUGCAGAGUUAGCAGUGAAACACCAUGUCCAAGGCAUCUUUGUUUCCAACCACGGUGGGAGGCAGAUUGACGAGGUUCCUGCUUCAAUUGAUGCUCUGAUGGAAGUGGUGGCCGCUGUCAAAGGGAAAGUUGAAGUUUACAUGGAUGGUGGGGUUCGAACUGGCAAUGAUGUGUUGAAGGCACUGGCCCUUGGGGCUAAGUGCAUUUUCCUUGGAAGACCAAUCCUUUGGGGCCUUGCCUGCAAGGGUGAGGAUGGUGUUAAGGAAGUUUUAAGUAUUUUAAAAGGAGAGUUCCAAACUUCUAUGGCCCUUUCAGGCUGCCGGUCAAUUGCUGAGAUCAGUCCUGACCUGAUUCAGUUUUCCAGAUUAUAAAGAAAUACUGAGAUCUCCUACAAGGGGAAGACAAGACCUCAAUGUAGUGUGUAGUGCUGUUCUUUGCAGCCCCCAUCCUAUCGAGUAGUUUGAACCUUGUACCCUCAAAAUUAGAGAUGGGUGUAGAAAAGAUAACUACCACCAUUGUGCAUUUGGAUAAAGGAAUAACAUCUAAUAUUCUACUGGAUAACUAUAGUUGACAACAAUUAAUUGACUAUGUCAAAUAUUCAUGUUCCAACACAAAAGGAAAUAGUUAUGUCUGAUGUGACACACCAGUUACCCUCAUCUGAUUAUUAUAUACACUAUACAGUAUCAAAAUGCUAUACUAUACCAUACAUGUGUGCAAUUAAAAUAACAAUAUAUGCUCACAAAGAAAAGAGACAGGAUUACCCUGAUGUCAUUUUACUCAUUCUGUCCUGCAAGGCAUAGUGGGAAUUUUUAAACAUUAAUCCAUACAGUCAAAGUCUGAAACAUAAAACAGCAGAGAUCAAAUGAAUGUUUGAAUUAUUCAAGGUUCUGACACAGGAUAUUACAGAAAUGUUAUGAUCUAUUGCCUAAUGUCUGUCCUAGAUAGUAACUGACCUCCAAAGAAAUAGCAAAAGGAAGAUUCUGACACUCAUUUUCAAGAUUCUAUAAAAUUAAAAUCAACUAUUCCAAUCUUUCACCAACAUGUGAGAAAGAAGAUA